ACUGUGCCAAAUUGGCAUGCCCAUUUGUUAACCUUAUAAACAGGUUCUUCAUAGUCUCAUAUCAUUUUUGGAAAAUCUCAAAAUGAAUAACUCAGAGUAUGUUACUAAGCCUCGACCCAAGAAGGCUUGCAGUGGGGACGACAACAGCUGCAACAGUCAGGAGAUGAGAGAAGACCUUGAGGGCUGCCAUGAGAAGAGACCUACCAGAAAGAAGUUUUGCAAUACAGGCAGCAGUGGCUGUCACAGCCAGGCAGUGAUGCAAAAAGUUGAAGGUAGCGAAGUGGGUGAAAGUGACAGUAAGAGAUCUGGCAGAAAGAGGAUGCACAAUGUAAGCAACAGUAGUUGCAGCACACAGGGAAUUGUGGAAGAUGUUGAAAGCAAUCAACUGGGUGAAAGGGACAGCAGUAGAUCUAGCAAGAAACGUGUACAUUGGGAUCCAGAAAUUGUUGAAUCUCUUGAAGAACUGUUGGUUCGACUUGUGACUGAACUAAGGACUAUGGUUAGAGGGCAACAAGAAGUGCGCAAGAAACUAGAUGAUCUCCAGUGCAGCUUGGUGAAAGAGCUGCGAAUGUUGUGUUUCACAUUGAAGGACACUUUAGAAAAGAAAUUAGAUCCACUUUGCCGUUCAUCCCCAAGGUCUACCUUCAUGGGCUCUGCUAGUGGUACCUUCAUGGACUUUGCCACUAGCCGCCGUCAUUUUAAUCAAUCUAGCCAGCCACCUAGUCAAAUUCUACGUUAUGCACCUCAUAUUAAUACUGCUGAUAGUGAUGAUAGUGAUGACAGUGUUACACCUGUACCAACUCUAUCAUUUCAAUUGCCACCACCUUAUAAAUCUCCUGCUUCAUCGGUUAGUGCACCUUCUGUCGGUGCAUCUACCAGUUCAUCAGUUUGUGGUGAGCAGGGUGUAUCUUCAAAAGCAAAGCAAUCAACUCGCUUAGCUCUCCAACUUGCUUCAGCAAUUAUUGGAGAUGAUGAUUUGGUGUCAGCUGUGACUCGUGCUGGAGGAAUACGAAAUUUGCCAUUAGAGAAGUUGAAUGAGAUCAAGGGAAAAAGCGCAAAACCUGAGGAAGAGUCAACAACUUGAAAUUCUAACUUUGUUUUGUGCUAGUAGUAUUGAGUUAUUGAUAUGGUCUACAUGAGUGUUGAUUUCACAGCAAACUAUUGCCAAUGAUUGAAUAAUGAAUUAGCUGCUAGAUGUUAAGAAAUGAUUUUGUGUCUUGCCUGACAUCAGGAACGUAGUAACUUGUAGAUGUAUGAAUGGAAUCAAUAAUUGUUGCAUUCUUUAAUGUGACAAAUUGCAGUAGUCUUGACUCUGCGUUAGCUGAUAGAAAUGUUCUAUAUUGUCCGUCAACCGUAGCUUGUAGUACUUUUAUUGAACUGGUGUAGCUUCAGGUUGUUCUUGCAAGUACUUGUUUUUUGUCUAGUGCAUUUGGUAAUUUCAAUGUUAGACAGUAAUGGAUGUUGUACAACAUCAUUGUGGAAGA